UGGCACCAGAGCAAGGCACAGCUGCAUCAACUAGAGCCACAGAAAGAUCCGAUUCAUGUAGAAACUGUCUAGCGAUGGUCAGACCGAUUAUUCCGGCACCGAUGAUCACAACAUCGAACUCCAAUGAAGAAGAAGCAGAAGAAGAAGAAGAAGCCCAGUUGGAGAUGGGUAUGGCUUCCUGGAGCUGUCCUCACAGUAUUUCUCGCAAUUGCAGCUCCGAAGAUCUAUCAUUUCGGUCGCAGUGAUCAAAAGCCCUGCCAGUGUGAGGAUUUACGCAAGUUUAGUGGCAUUGUGGAGGAUUGUUGUUGUGAUUAUGAGACUGUUGACAGUCUUAAUAAGGAAGUGUUGCAUCCGCUGCUCCAAGAGCUCGUUAAAAUCCCAUUUUUCCGAUAUUUCAAGGUUAAACUGUGGUGUGAUUGCCCUUUUUGGCCUGAUGAUGGUAUGUGCCGUCUCCGGGAUUGUAGUGUUUGUGAAUGUCCAGAAAAUGAGAUUCCAGAAACAUUUAAGAAGCCCCUCAAUCGAGGAUUUUUAUCGGAAAAUCUGGUGUGCCAAGAGGAAAAGCCACAAGCUAUUAUUGACCGCACUCUAGAUACUAAAGCGUUUAGAGGAUGGAUAGAAACAGACAAUCCAUGGACAAAUGAUGAUGAGACUGAUAACUCUGAGAUGACAUAUGUAAAUCUCCAACUGAACCCUGAACGUUUCACUGGCUAUACUGGUCCAUCAGCUAGAAGGAUAUGGGAUGCUAUUUACACAGAGAACUGUCCAAAAUAUCCAUCUGGAGAGUUUUGCCAAGAGAAGAAAGUGUUGUACAAGUUGAUAUCUGGACUCCACUCCUCCAUUUCUAUCCACAUAGCUUCUGAUUAUCUCCUUGACGAAGCUAACAACUUGUGGGAUAAAAAUCUCGAGAUUAUGAAUGAUCGGGUGUUAAAAUACCCAGAUCGUGUUAAGAACCUGUACUUCACUUUUCUUUUUGUUCUCCGAGCUGUGACAAAAGCAGCAGAUUAUUUGGAACAGGCUGAGUAUGACACUGGCAACCCAUCUGAGGACCUGAAAACACAGUCCCUGAUGAAGCAGCUACUCUAUAAUCCAAAGUUACGAGCUGCAUGCCCACUUCCAUUUGAUGAAGCCAAGCUAUGGCAAGGUCAAAGUGGACCAGAGCUGAAGCAGCAGAUUCAGAAACAAUUCAGAAACAUCAGUGCAUUGAUGGAUUGUGUAGGUUGCGAAAAGUGCCGAUUGUGGGGAAAGCUUCAAGUUCUUGGCUUAGGUACUGCAUUGAAGAUCCUCUUUUCUGUUGAUGGUGAAAACCAAACAAAUCAACCUCUGCAGCUGCAGCGGAAUGAAGUGAUUGCCCUGGUAAACCUCCUCAAUCGACUAUCAGAAUCUGUCAAAAUGAUGGGACCCACUAUCGAAAAGAUCAUGGAGGGACAAGUUUCAAUGCCUGCUGCCCAAAGUAGUGUACUCCAAACAAUGCGAGAUUUUGUAGUCAGGACAUGGUCAAGAAACAGUGUUUAAUGGCCUUUGUAACAAUUUUGGAGGAUAGGGGUAGGGGCGAUCCAUGUAAGCUGAGGGCAUCCAUUUGAGGAACAGUAAGCGAUGAAAACUGCUG